AUGACAGCCCAGCAGCCAUUUACGCUCGCCUUGAACGAAAAAGAAAAUGGCAUGGCUAACGAGGUUUUGGACACUUGGAAAAGAACCGCGGAACGAACGCCAACACUUGAGAUUCUGCCUCCCUCUAUAGAUCGUACAACGUGGAUGUCCGUCCUCGGUGAGUUCAGGACAAUCCUUGGUAACGAUGGAGUCUUAGUGGGCCAUGAGCAACACGUCCGCUACGUUGACCCAUACGCACAAGAGCAUGAUGAGCAGGAGAGGCGAGGGAGCUCGGCCACUCUGCUUCCUGUGACGGUCGAAGAAAUUCAGGAUAUUCUGAGACUCUGUAACAACCAUCGCAUUCCUCUAUGGACGGUCUCCAGAGGGAAGAACUUGGGUUACGGGGGUCCUGCGGCCAGAGUCAAAGGCUCGAUAAUACUCGACCUCCAGCGGAUGCGCAAGAUCAUCGAGAUCAAUGACAAAUAUUCAUACUACACCGUUGAGCCAGGCGUCACCUUUUUUGAUAUUUACAGGGCCAUCCAAGAGCAGAAGAAAAACAUUUGGUGUUCCGUUCCUGCGCUUGGCUGGGGCUCGAUUGUGGGCAACGCUUUGGACAGAGGAUGGGGAUAUACCCCAGCAGGUGACCACUCGAAUCAAAUUUGUGGAAUCGAGGUCCUUCUUGCAGACGGAACACUUGUCCGAACAGGAGCGGGGGCAUUGAAUGAAUCACCUUGCUGGGCUCUUUUCCGCGGUGGCUAUGGACCCACGUACGAAUCAAUGUUUAGUCAAAGCAACUUUGGUAUAGUCACAAAGCUCAGUCUCUGGGCGUCACCCAGCCCACAGGGUUUCAUGUCAUGCCGAGUAGAUAUUGCGGACGAGGAAGGUCUUGCACCAUUGAUCGACGCUUUCCGCGAGCUGUUGCUUCGCGACGCGAUCCAGAACCACCCUUUGAUAGGAAAUGUUCCGAGAGAAAUUGUGAAACGAGGAACGCGGGAAAAGUUUUACCAAGGCAAAGACGCGAUACCGGAUGCAAGGUUGAAAGAGAUACAGCACGAAUUGGGGAUCGGAUUUUGGUCUGCAAGAUUUGCACUCUACGGCCCGAAAGAGAUGAUUGAACUAAACUACAAAAGAUGUCGAGAGAUUCUCGACCAGGUCCCAGGCGCGAAAGUCAGCGGAAGUGCAUUCUAUCCUCCCAAAGGGAAGUCAUUCUUAAGCCCCGAGGACCUUCCACUUGAAGAUCGGUCUGUUGAGACAGGAACUCCGAGUCUUAUGGCUCUGAAGGCCGUUGAAUAUCGCGGAAAAGAUGGUGGACACAUCUCUUUCUCCCCUGUCCUACCACCGGAUGGCAAAACUGCCCUUACCUUCUACUAUGCCGCCAAGGCACUUUGUGCGAAAUACGGUUUUGACUAUUUCGGGGGUCUGCACCUGUACCCUCGCCAUCUGACAAUGAUUGACAUGAUCUAUUUUGACAGACAGUCACGCGCCGAGCGACAGAGCGCGCAGAAGCUGUUCAUCGAAUUGGUCCACCUCGCUCGACAGCAAGGGUUUAGUGAGUAUAGGGCUCAUAUUGACUACAUGGACCUCGUUGCCAAACAGUAUGACUUCAAUGGUGGGAGUCUGAUGAAGUUAAAUGAGCGAAUCAAGGACGCAUUAGAUCCCAACGGUAUAUUGAGCCCUGGAAAGCAGGGUAUCUGGCCAGAAAAUUACAGAGAGAAGAAGGACAUCAACAUUGCCGAUGAUGUUAAGGCCAUUAAGAGCAUGAAGAAUAGUGGAGAUGUUACCAUUGCGGUGAAAGAGAAGGCAAUCUGCGGACUGUCUAAGGGAUUAAGCCCUCCCAUGCUAAGCUAUGCAUAG